AUGGCUGACUGGGACUACGACUAUCUGAUCAAGCUGCUGGCUCUCGGCGACUCUGGUGUGGGGAAGACCACUUUCCUCUACCGGUACACCGACGACGAGUUCAACCGCAAGUUCACAACCACAGUGGGCAUCGACUUCAAGGAAAAGAGAGUGAUAUACACAGGGACGGGUGCUGAUGGGACGACUGAGAGGAACUUCAGAGUCCACCUUCAGCUAUGGGACACAGCAGGACAAGAAAGAUUCCGCAGCCUCACUACAGCUUUCUUCCGAGACGCCAUGGGCUUCCUGCUGAUGUUUGACUUGACCAAUCAGCAAAGUUUCCUCAACGUCAGGAACUGGAUGAGUCAGCUACAGGCCAACGCGUACUGUGAUAGUCCAGACAUCGUGUUGGUGGGCACCAAGGCCGACCAGCGAGAUUUACGGGAUGUUCAUGCCAGACAGGCCAGAGAGCUGGCCGACAGAUACGGCAUCCCCUACUUUGAGACGAGUGCAGUGACGGGUGUUGACGUGGACCAGGCAGUGAUCACCCUGCUCGGCCUGGUGAUGAAGAGGAUGGAGCAGAGCACGUACGUGGGCCCCAGCUCUGAACCCAACGGCGGCCCCGCCCUCAGCCUGGAUGUGCAGCAGGCUCGUGUCAGGAGGACGUGUGCUUGUUGA